AUGAACGCCACCGAGAACACCCCAGCUAAGGCGCACCAGAGAGCCGCUGCAUCAGCAGAGUCACCCGAAGUCGUAGACCUCACGGAUUUCUCCGACGCCGAGGAAGCGGAGUCCGCUGCCAAGGCGGACGAGGAAGCCGCCCCGAAGCCAGGAGUAGCCGAAGAACCCCACACCUCCGAUGGGGACAUGUACGCAGAUAUGGAGCUAGACGCCGACGAGGCAGGGGCAGCCGACCACGAGGGUCCCCGAGACAGCCCCCGCUGUUGUCCCGCCGACCAUCCGGGUUCCGUCGAGAGAACCUGUGGUCGCCGCCGCCGUAUAAACGACGAGCCGCGCCCGGAGAUGCCGGAGUUUGAAGAUGCCGGUUAUCACCAGCGCCGCGAUCCCCGAACCGGCCGUGGCAUUUACCGCCCCGAGAGGGGGCUGGAGCGUUACACACCGAAACCAUACAACGCGUACUACGACGACGGGGAGAGCGAAGAGGAGGAACCCUACGGUCGGCAAUUCAUAGCCGAAACAGAGACCUUUCACCACACGGUCACGCCAUGGGGGUUACGCGUCACGCGUAACCACCAGAUGUCCGUAGACGUCUUUGUCCCUCCCGGCCGGAAUGUCAACGCGUUCUUCAGGACAUUCCGAGAAGCCGCGGAACCAAUCGACUACCGCUCCGAACCGGCCGCCCCAGCCAGGGCAAGCCCCCCGCACGCCGAAGCGCGACCGCCAACGCCCGCAUCGGAUCCUCCCCGAUGCCCCAAUCCUCCCGAAGAGUCGGCGGCGGCCACGCCCCCGCACGCCGAAGCGCGACCGCCAACGCCCGCAUCGGAUCCUCCCCGAUGCCCCAAUCCCCCAGAAGAGUCAGCGGCGACCACACCAACGCACGCCGAAGCGCCCCACGCGGAGGCAGCGCAAGGCCCUCCCACUGAAUGGCCCACCGGGGCUACAGAAGAGGGAAACGCCGCUCCGGUUCGACAAGCGGAGCUGACCGAACCGGAGGAGCAGUGGGAAACGGGGCCGGACAGCGGGUACCCCACCAUGACCCUACGGAGGGUAAAACAACCCGUUGCGGAGGAGACGGCGCCGACCCCCCAAACUGGGGAGUGGGAAGGACAAGACGAGUUGCUGGUGGACUGCGACUUGGAUGAAAUACUACGAUUUCUUCAAGACGAAUCUACGCGGGAGGGGCAAAGUCCAGCGGACUUCUCCCUGAUCGAAGAGCUGAACCAGCCCAACCAGUGGGUAAUCGCGCCGGCAGAUUGGCAGGUGAACAUCCCAGGCCGGGCCCUACCGGCGGACCUCAUCGAGGAGAUACACCAGCGGCUGCUGGAAGCGGAGAGGCUCCGUUUCCGAAGCUGGUCCUGGGAUCAGUGCUACCGGGUCCACAAGCGAUCCCGGGCCGCGCCUCCAUAA